AUGAAGUUUUUUUUGUUAUUUGUUGUUGCUAUUGCUGUUGCUUUAGCUUCUCCAGAACGGAAAGAAGAAGUUGUAACUACCCAGGAUGACGUCGAAUUGGGAGGCUACAGCUUCGCUUACGAAACAAGAGAUGGACAAGCUCGUGAAGAACGUGGAGAAAUGAAGGACAUUGGAACAGAAGAUGAAGUUAUGUAUGUUCGUGGAACAUACUCUUUCGUUGGUGAUGAUGGCCAAACCUACACAGUCAGUUACAUCGCUGACGAGAACGGUUUCAAACCAUCAGCUCCCCAUAUCCCAAAAAACUAA